ACUUAUGAGUCCCUGUAAAAAAACGAACGGAUGGCAAUGCUUUCUAGAAAAUUGAAGAAACGAAGAACGCCAUCAUUCAUUCGUAAAAUAAAAGUAUUGCGCGACGGAUCAUUUUUUGUAUCCUUUUCAUUCCUGUGUCAUCUUUGUGUGUGUGUGUACAACAACAAUACAAAGACCAAGAAGACAAAUAACCAACCUGAUUAACGGAAGCAGGCUCCUCUUCCAAAUCUCUAAGAAACUAUUCGGUUGAAACAACAAGAAAUUAUUAUCUUCUAGUUUUAUAAGCUCACACACAUAAUUAUUGCAAAAUGGUGAAAGAAACUGCUUAUUAUGACCUAUUGGGUGUCAAGCCCAACGCCACGCCUGAAGAAUUGAAAAAGGCCUACAGAAAAUUAGCCCUGAAGUAUCAUCCGGACAAAAACCCCCAUGAGGGUGAAAAAUUCAAAGCCAUUUCUCAGGUCUACGAGGUGUUGUCUGAUCCCGAUAAGCGUGCCAUUUAUGACGAAGGUGGUGAUGCGGCCAUCAAGAAGGGCGGUGCCGACACCGGUGAUUUCCGUAAUCCUAUGGACUUCUUUGAGAAAUUCUUUGGUGGUGGUUUCGCAUCGGGCCGUCGUCGUGAACGCCGCGGCAAGGAUGUUGUUCACCAGAUGUCAGUUCAAUUGGAAGAAUUGUACAAUGGAGCAACACGCAAAUUGGCCCUGCAGAAGAAUGUCAUCUGUGACAAGUGCGAGGGACGUGGCGGCAGGAAAGGAGCUAUUGAAAAGUGUAUGCAAUGUAAUGGUGCCGGCUUGGAGUCACGCAUCCAACAAAUCGGCCCCGGAUUGGUCCAACACAUCGAACAAGUUUGUCGCAAGUGUGCCGGUACUGGUGAGAUGAUUUCGGAAAAAGAUCGUUGCAAGCAAUGUAACGGCCGCAAGACAGUGCGCGAACGUAAAGUUCUGGAAGUGCACAUUGAAAAGGGUAUGCGUGACAGUCAGAAGAUCGUAUUUAGCGGCGAAGGUGACCAUGAACCCGACUCCCAGCCCGGCGAUAUUAUUAUUUUACUGGACGAAAAAGAACAUCAGACCUUCGUUCACGCUGGCACAGAUUUGAUGAUGAAGAUGCCCAUUCAAUUGGUAGAGGCUUUGUGCGGUUUCAGCAGAGUGAUCAAAACAUUGGACGAUCGUGAUUUGGUUAUCACAUCGCCACCCGGCGAGGUAAUAAAACACGAAAUGACGAAGUGUGUAAUGGAUGAGGGUAUGCCAUUAUACAAGAAUCCACUCGAAAAGGGUCGCCUCAUCAUCCAGUUUGAGGUGAUCUUCCCCGAAUCAAUUCCAGUUUCUAUUAUUCCCGCUUUGGAGCAAUGUUUGCCACCUAGACCAGAAGUAACCAUUCCAAUAGAUGCUGAACAGGUCACAUUGUCUGAAUAUGAUCCUAAGCAACGUCGGGAUCAACAUCAUCAUCGCAUGGCGUACGAAGAAGAUGAUCGUUAUGAGGAAGGACCCAGAGUGCAGCAAUGUUCCUCAAGUUAAGAAGCAUGUAAUAACCUAAAAACCGGCGAGACCAGCUUAUAAUCAUACAACUAAUCAUACAACUCCCACAAAAAACAAGAAGAAAAAUCCAUCAGAAGAUUUCUAGGAAAACAACCCUUUCUAAGCAAGAACGCAGCAGCAGUAAAUCAUACAUGUAACUUAACCCUAUUGCUAACUACUCUCACUAUUCCUCGUUUUAUAAACAAAAAUUAGAACAUUCAUUUGAAAUACAACACAAACAGAAACACGAACAUAAACAAUAUAUUGCAAGAUCUAGAACUGGAACUUCAAAA